AUGCCUAGCUUCCAAGAAGGACAACGAGUCAACUACAAGCCCGUUGGCGGGCCCAACUCCAAUACCAGUACGAGUACCGGCGUCAUCCGCGAGGUUGCUACCGAGCCGACUACCCUAACUGGCCGGAGUGUCGCGGCUUCGGACAAAGAGCCACGUUACCAGCUCCGGGAAUUGAGUCGAAUGUAUGAUGAGAGUGUUGACUUGACUUGCUUGGAGAUCGAAAACGAGAAAACUCGCAAGAGCUCUGCUGUUAAAGAGGCUAAUAUCAUUGGUCCUGCGGAGUAA